CAAAAAAAAAAAUAUCCUCUCUUCUUCUCCUCUCAACUUCCUCUCGGGUGUUUUAGAAAAGAAUUCAUCUUAUCAAAUAUAUUUCAUUCUCCAUCAUAUCUUUCAUUAUCUUCCUCUUCCACAAAUCUAGUUUCAACCUGUACCGCAUGAAGAUUAUUGGAUCACACCUACAAGUAUGCCUGUCUUACUGCCAGAUCCAUCGUUGUUGAGAAAAUCAGGUAGACCAAAGACUUCACGUUAUCACAACGAGAUGGAUUGGACAGAACAAAGUGCUCAACAACGAUGCUCAUUUAGUAGCCAACUUGGUCAUAACCGACGGUCGUGUACUUUGUUAAGGAGACAAGCACCUGAUAGUUAGACAUCUUUCUUUAAUGCCAUUGAUUUGUACUUUUUUUGUGUAGAUAAUGGCAUUAAACCGAGGACCAAUUGAUCCGGACGUUUUAUAUGAUCAGAACAUUCACCAAUUAGAAACUGUGUGGGAUGAUCGUAAUACGCCCGAGAUAAACUGUAGACGACGUGAGGCAGUUGUCCAACGUACUAUCCCACUACACCGCAACAUACUUCCACUGCUACGUGCUUCAAGAUUUUAUGGGCUUGCCAGAUUGGGGUUCAUCCAGUUAGACUGGCAUUUGAUCACUGCACUUCUGGAGAGAUGGAGACCGGAGACGCAUACAUUUCACAUGCCAGUUGGAGAGUGCAUAAUUACGUUGCAGGAUGUAGAAGUUUUGGUGGGAUUACCAGCUGAUAACGAGCCCGUUAUCGGUCAGAUGCAUGAUGAUUGGUUGCAUGUUUGUCAAGAGUUACUUGUUGUGAUCCCACCUCCUGAACAAAUUAGGGGGCAGAGAUUGAGUUUAACAUGGUUGGGGGCAGAGUUUCAUGAAUUGGCUAACGAUGUCGAUGAGGAAACUAUCACACGUUAUGCACGGGCAUAUAUUUUACAGUUGAUGGGUGGGAGUAUUUUCGCAGAUAAAUCAACUCGUUAUGUGCACAUAAUGUUCCUACCAUUCUUAGCUAAUCUAUACCACACGGGGCGAUAUUCUUAGGGUGGAGCCUGUUUGGCAUGGUUGUAUAGACAAUUAUGCAAGGCAUCCAAACAAGGUGUUCGUGAAAUAGCUGAGCCACUAAUAUUAUUACAAAUAUGGGCUUGGGAACGAUUCCCAAUAGUGGCUCCGCAACUCCUACAUGUCAAUGCUAAUCAAUUACACGGUCGAGCUUAUGGUUCAAGAUGGAGAGAUCAAUUUUGUGUGGCAAGAUCGGCUACACAUGUAGUCUCUCAGUAUAGGUACAUGUUUGAUCUUCUUCAACCUAGUCAGGUACGUCAUCCUGAACUUCAAAUUCAAGUUCCAUAUUUUUUUUAAGUUCUCAGUAUAGGUACGUUAUUUGUUUCAUACAAUUUGUUUCAUAUUGUCUGGGAGCCGUACAAAACUGUCAUAGAUAGCUUGCCACAUUUUUGUACAAACGGUCACGACAUAUGGCGGACGAUUAGUCCUCUCAUAUGUUUCUACAUUGAUAGAGUUGCUCAUUUAGUGAUGUGAUGGCAUAAUCGCAGAAGGUUUACUGCUACGGGACCUCCAAUUGAGCAGUUUGAUAUGGAUGUAACUCAAGAAAACAUCCAUUGGUACAAAAACAUUAGCAAGCUCUAUAUCACCCAACCGGGAGCUGCUAUGAGUCAUCUGAGAUCAAACAAUAUUAGACUUCGGAAUGUUGCAGAUGAUCCACAACAGGUUCUAAAUAUAUGCAACGAUAACGAGCAGUAUAUGGAGAACAUCCACUAUAUGUACGAUGUCCCUAUUGUACCUGCUCCUGUUCAGAGGAGACGUCCUCUAGUGCAAGAGCCCGAUCAAUUGGAAGAAGUUGACCAACACGGGGAAGAAGUGCCUCCAAUGACACAGGCACAAAGCGAGCAUAAUUACAUUAGUCCAGUAAUGAUGAUGCCAACAUUUGGAACGACAUAUUAUGAUUCAGGAGUCGGUCAAUCGUCAGACUUUGGAAGAGGAUAUUACAAUUCAGAGGCAGGUCAAUCAUCAACGGACUUUGGGCAACAAUACUAUGAUUUAGGGUGCGAUCCAUCGUCUUCAUACAUGCAUGGUCACGGGCGUGGUCGUGGAGAACAUAAUGAAUAUUUGUACUACGAAGUGCCUGCAGCGGUACCCGAGCAAUUAAAUGAGCUACAGCAACAAGAGAAUGCAGCAGUACCCGGGCAAUCAGAUGAGCAACAACAACAAGAGAAUCAGGAGGAAAUACAACAACAGAGAGUUCAAAGUCGACGACGACAACCAGCUAGAAAUCGUCGACGUCCAGGUUGUGGAACACAUUGAUUUUUUUUCCUUUGAAUGAAAAUUGUUAAAUUAUUGUAUUAAACAUUUUGAUUCAUAUUUAAUUAUUUUACAAUCAAAAGUACUUACUACAAA